GCGCAGUGACAGCGGAAACGGGAAUAGUGUAUAUAUUAAAAUCGUAUUGAUUUUUCCCGUUUUAACAUAACUCAUGGCGGUUCAGUAGACUUUUGGAAUAAAAAAUUGGUGUAAAAUUAAUGAGGAUAGCCAGCCGAAAGUGCUGAAAGAAAAGCAGGAUGACAAAAGACCGCCUGCCGGCCCUGAAAGCGACCCAGAGUGAUGAUGAUGAUACGGAGGAGGUUCAGGUUGGGGUUGACUCCGGCGGCUUCAUGGACGAGUUCUUCGCACAGGUUGAAGAAAUCCGUCAGAUGAUAGAUAAGAUAGCGUCCAACGUGGAGGAAGUCAAGAUGAAACAUAGUACCAUAUUAUCAGCGCCUCAUACAGAUGAUAAAACUAAAGAAGAAUUAGAAGAAUUAAUGAAUGACAUUAAAAGAACAGCAAAUAAAGUUAGAGCCAAAUUAAAGGUUAUUGAACAAAAUAUAGAACAAGAGGAACACUCAAGUAAAUCCACUGCCGAUCUCCGAAUACGCAAAACACAGUACUCGACAAUUUCUCGUAAGUUUGUCGAGACCAUGAACACUUACAACACGGCCCAAAUAGACUAUCGAGAUCGAUGUAAGGCCCGGAUACAGCGGCAAAUGGAAAUCACUGGUAAAACAACAACCAAUGAUGAGUUAGAGGAUAUGUUAGAAUCUGGCAACUUACAAGUAUUUACGCAAGAUAUUAUAAUGGAAACGCAACAGGCAAAACAAACAUUAGCAGACAUCGAGGCACGGCAUGCAGAUAUUAUGAAAUUAGAGAAAAGUAUACAAGAAUUACACGAUAUGUUUAUGGAUAUGGCAAUGUUAGUUGAACAACAAGGUGAGAUGAUAGACAGAAUAGAAUACAAUGUUGAACAAGCUGUAGACUAUGUAGAAACCGCCAAAAUGGACACGAAAAAAGCUGUAAAAUACCAAAGCAAGGCUCGACGGAAACUCAUUUUUAUAAUAAUAUGUGUAGUAGUACUGAUUGCUAUCUUAGCAAUAAUUUUAAUAACAUCGCUGACCUAGUCAUCCAUUGGCUGAGUGUCCACCAAUGAAAACACUCGUUACAUUCCUGAUGCCAUGGCUACAAGAUCAUGUGACUUUUAAAUUCAGCAAAGACUCCAUGUUUGAAACUAUAAAUAGAUUUUGGGAUUUGAGACAGUGACUUCAGAUUAGCAGACGACAAUUACAGUGUUUUAGGACAGCAGAUUGACACACCAUUAUUAUUUCUGGUGCAGGAUAUGGUUUUUAUGGUUCAUAGAAUGGGUUUUAUAAUGCAGAUUUUUUAUGACAUCUGCAUUUCAUAGCUACAAACUGAUGCAAGGUGACAUCAAAGGAGUUUCGAAUUAUCAAGAAAUGUCUACAAAAGUUGUGUCUGAUGAUAGAAAGUAGUUUUAAAUUCGCAUAGCAAUUUUGUAUAACUGCGGGUUACAAGUCAUAAGUUAUUUGUUUUAUUUUAUAUUGUAUUUUACACCUUGAAAACUAUGUAUUAUCAAGGAGAUUAAACCAUAAGUUUUACUUUAGAUGUUACUAUGAAUAGGCCUCAAUAGCCAUUCUUAUAGAUGUUAGAUUUUUUGUACUUUUUGAAAAAAUGUCGCAUAAUUUUAAAUUUUGAACAUAAAAGAAAAAAAAUAACCAUAAAUGCAGAAUUUCUAACAGUAUUUAUACACUUGAUAGGAUAUUUCUUAAUAUUUCUUCAUAUAUUGAAACAACUUUGUUUCAUAAUCUUCCACUAGGGCUAAGUUACUUGAAUUUAGUUGCAAAUUAACUUGAAAUUGAGUCUAAGAGAUGGAAAAUUGCAUUUAUGCCUUUAUUAAUAUGAGCCGUGCCAUGAGAAAACCAACGUAGUGGCUUUGCGACCAGCAUGGAUCCAGACCAGCCUGCGCAUCGGCGCAGUCUGGUCAGGAUCCAUGCUGUUCGCUAACGGUUUCUCUAAUUGCAAUAGGCUUUGAAAGUGAACAGCAUGGAUCCUGACCAGACUGCGCGGAUGCGCAGGCUGGUCUUGAUCCAUGCUGGCCGCAAAGCCACUAUGUUGGUUUUUCUCAUGGCAUGGCUCAAAUGGUAUAAAAAUAACUACCUUCAGAAAAUAAGACUUUCUUUCACGCUCUUGGAAUUUAUGUUUGAAAAUAUUCUACUUUAAGAGCAUGAAGUUUUACAUUUAGAGCGUAAAGUUAUAGUUUUAGAACUCAAGAUUUUACUUUUAGAGCGUAAGUUUUGAUAGAGAGAGAUAUCAUGAAUGUGACUUGUGUCAUCAUAUUUAGGAAAGUAAAACUUUAGGAUAUUGUGUGAAUAUAAUGAUAUUCCUCGAGGCUUGAAUGGUCAUUUUUUUCGACUUCAGUGCUUCUGGUAGAUUAGUGCUUAGGAGAUAUUGUAAAUACAAUACUAAUGAGUAUUUACUAAUUUUCCAAGCAAUUUCAGGUAGUUAAGUUAGAUGCGUUACUUUUGCUAAUUUUUUUCAUAAAACACCUUCUUUUCAUAUAAAUAUGAAACAGCAUCUGUUCAGUACUGAUAGUAACCAUGGAGAAUUUUGUUUCGAUAUUUCUUGAAAAAAAAAAUUACCUGACACUAACGGGAAGAAAUUUUGUUAAAGUAGUGGACCCAUAAUGGUGCUUGGCAAUUUUAGUAUGAUUACAUACUUUUGUUAUGCAAUUUGAAAUUCUUUGGUUCAAUGCGUACAUGGCUUUCCAUAGAAUUUGGCGUAAUGAGAAAUCACCAUUACGUGUCCACUAUCUAAUGGAUGCCAGACAAAAUAAAGUUAAAUUUUAUGGUGACAAAAAUUCAAAGUAAAGUUUUGCAGUAAAGCAGCUAUUUCAGUCCACUUGUGUUAAAUAUAUUAAGAACUAUAUAUAAGUUCAACUGGCAUAACAGAAUACACUCACAAAAUCUGUCAGGACUUGAGUAGAGAAUUUCUGUAACAUGUCUUUGAACUUUAGAGUACCGUCCCACAUGGACAGUCCGAAAUUUGGGUGCAAUUAAGUUUUGUUUUUAGCUCGACUAUUCGAAGAAUAGUCUAACUAUUCUACUCACCCUGGCGUCGGCGUCGGCAUCGGCAUCACACCUUGGUUAAGUUUUUGCAUGCAAGUACAUACAGCUAUCAUUUAAAGGCAUAUAGCUUUGAAACUUAUUUAUUCUUUUUCUAGGUCAAUUACCAACCUCACUGGGUCAAGUUCCAUAACUCUAACAUGUAUUUUGAGCAAAUUAUGCCCCCUUUUGGACUUAGAAAAUUCUGGUUAAAGUUUUACAUGCAAGUUACUAUCUCCAAAACUAAUGCAGAUAUUGAAUUGAAACUUCACAUGUGUCUUCGGGGUUAUAAAACUAGUUGAUAGCACCAAGUCCCAUAACUCUGACCUUCAUUUUGGCCAAAUUAUGCCCCCUUUUGUACUUAGAAAAUUUUGGUUAAAGUUUUGCGUGCAAGUACAUACAGCUAUUACUAAAAGGCAUAUUGAUUUGAAACUUAUUUUUUCUUUUUCUAGAUCAAUUACCUACCUCACUGGGUCAAGUCCCAUAACUCUGACAUGUAUUUUGGCCAAAUUAUGCCCCCUUUUGGACUUAGAAAAUUCUGGUUAAAGUUUUGCGUGCAAGUACAUACAGCUAUUACUAAAAUGCAUAUUGAUUUGAAACUUAUUUUUUCUUUUUCUAGAUCAAUUACCUACCUCACUGGGCCAAGUCCCAUAACUCUGACAUGUAUUUUGAGCAAAUUAUGCCCCCUUUUGGACUUAAAAAAUCCUGGUUAAAGUUUUACAUGCAAGUUACUAUCUCCAAAACUAAUGCAGAUAUUAAAUUGAAACUUCACAUGUGUCUUCGGGGUUAUAAAACUAGUUGAUAGAAUCAAGUUCCAUAACUCUGACAUGUAUUUUGGCCAAAUUAUGCCCCCUUUUGGACUUACAAAAUCCUGGUUAAAGUUUUGCGUGCAAGUACAUACAGCUAUUACCAAAAGGCAUAUAGCUUUGAAACUUAUUUAUUCUUUUUCUAGGUCAGUUACCAACCUCACUGGGUCAAGUUCCAUAACUCUUAACAUGUAUUUUGAGCAAAUUAUGCCCCCUUUUGGACUUAGAAAAUUCUGGUUAAAGUUUUACAUGCAAGUUACUAUCUCCAAAACUAAUGCAGAUAUGGAAUUGAAACUUAACAUGUUUCUUCGGGGUUAUUAAACUAGUUGAUAGCAUCAAGUCCCAUAACUCUGAUAUGCAUUUUGGUCAAAUUAUGUCCCGUUUCGAACUUAAAACUCUUUUGAUAUUUAACAUUUUGGGUAAUAAUUUCCUGCUUCUGUGACAAUAUUUCGAAUAGUCGAGCUUGGCUGUCUUACGGACAGCUCUUGUUUUUAUUCUUGUUUGUUUGGCAUUUUACAGGUGAAUGUAUAGCUUUCCAAAAUUGAGACAGGAAUGCCAAAAUUCGGAUACAGAUUUUACAUUAUCCAACUGAAAUAGCCUGUUACCAUUACAGUCCGGCUACCUUAAAGAACAAGUUUAAGGGAAUUUUUGAAGUUUGUGUGUCAUAGUCUUUAGAUGCAACCCUUACUUAAAUAUACCAUAUACUGGUAUGUCUAUGGAUGCCAUGAGUACUAUUCAGAUAUAGAAUAUUAAUAAGGGUUUUUACAUACCAUAUAUGUAGUAUUUUCCCUUGAGUUCAAACCUAGGCUGUCAGAUCUUCAGACACAAAAUAUGUAAGAAGGACCAUACCUCCAGAGUCGUGGUUUAAAUGUAAACCUCUUGUUUUGUUUUACAUUAGGUAAAGUGUUUUUUAUUUAUUGGUAAUUUAGAACUAUGCAAUCAGUAGGUGUUAUUUUAUGCAUUGCUUGAGUUAAAUUUGUUGUUGGAUAAAUCUCUGCUAUCUCGUUUCAGUGUAGAUUUUUUAACAGUAGGAAUACUGCACAAGUGGUUUAAACAUUGGUGUCUUGGGAAUUCAUAACCCUGAGUUAAAAGUCCAUGAAAACGCACUACAAAUAUAGUGCAGUGAAACAUAUUUGAACAGCAACAUUAUCAUAUACUUCAGUUUACAUUGUUUCUUUAACCUAUGAAUCAGGAUUGUCGACUUACUGUGUUCUGAUUACUUAAUUUAAUCAAAUUAGAACUAACGCCAUAUUUCAACCCCAGUCAUUGGAUUGGCAGUAGCAGAUCUUCACAGCUUUUUCAUGAUGACACAUUCUAGGACCAGUAUAAUUGCGAGAAAUCCAUAACAACACAUUUAGUCUCUUACCAUAUACACUUGUGUGUGUCUUACGUUAUAGUUAUACAAAAUAUUAUUAUUAUUUCUCGUAACAGUUCUGUAAAUUCAGGUCUGUGAAUUCGGUAUUUUUUCACAUAACAUUUAUUUCCUGAUUUCAUACACAGUCAGUUUUAAAGAAACUUGCUUCAUAUUUAAUAAUGUUAAGGGAAGUAAUGCAGGUUAGUAAAAAAAACUGUAAUGCGAUAUCUAUAAUUAGCUAAAAGCAUAACCAUUGUUAAUAUUUGCAUUGUACUGUAUGCAAAUUAUAUAAUUGUACUAUCACUAAAGUUAUUUAAUCUACAGCAUGGCUUGUAUACAUUCAUUUACCCACACAAGUGAGCCGCUCUAUGAGAAAACCAACAUAGUGCGUUUGCACCCAGCUUGGAUCCAGACCAACCUGCACAUCCAUGCAGUCUGGUCAGGAUCCAUACUGUUCGCUUUCAAAGCCUAUUGCAAUUAGUGAAACUGUUUGUCAACAGCAUGGAUCCUGACCAGACUGUGCGGGUGCGCUGGCUGGUCUGGAUCCAUGCUGGUUGCAAAGGCACUAUGUUGGUUUUCUCAUGACGUGGCUCAUUUAUCUGUAUCUUAAAAUUCAGUUAAUGGAUUUAACAAUAAGUGCUGUCAAAACAUGUUCUAUAUUGAAAACUGUAUUUAAUUGUGCAGUGUUCUGCGGGAAAUGGCAGUACUUUUGUGUUAUAAAUAAAAUGCAUAUUGUGAAACCUUCAAGUAAGGGUUACUUAAGGUGGCUUAACUUCAUACUAUUAGCCUUUUGCCAGUUUCUGGAUUCAAACCCUAUCGGGAUCAAAUUCUUCCAUACUAAUAUUAUCCAUUAUAGUAGGUGUCUAUAGAAGGUCUGAAGUCAAACAUAGACUACUUUCAACAGAAAUUUAUACUUCUCAGUCCUUAGGGAAAGGAUGGCUGAUAGAUUUACGAGUCACUGCAUUUAUGAUGGCCCAGCAAGUUGGAUGGGUCAUGGAUAACAGAAUCACCAACAAAGUAGGAAGGUUUCUGUCCUUGCUUUGUUACGCUUUUUUUUUAAGGAGAGUCCCUACUGAUAUAGAGAUAUGAUCACAGUAUUAGUUGAGUUUUGACCUUCUGUUCUCCAGCACUAACCAAAAUUUAAAAGGAACAAAUGCAAUACAGGGAAAUUGUUAUAAAUGUGAAAAUAGACACUUACAUAAAGGUUUUGCAAUUGUAUUUUGAUUUCUUUCACAAAGAUGCUGUCCUAUUUUCAAUUUAAAAGUGCAAUAAUAUUUCUGUUUAUUUUCUUAUUGUCAUAUAUCUUUCUUGUAUUCCCCCCUUUUUUCGCCACGAUAUUAGAGCUUUAUCAAAUUAUAUGACAAGUUACGAGACCUGUUUUUAUGUAAAUUUAUUGUGUAGGUUGUGAAUGUUCCAUGUGUAUGUAUUCUGUUCAGUUAUUAGAUAAUUACAAAUAGGAUCUAAGGUUAUAAAACUGAAAUUUGGAAACCAGUCUGAAUAACCUCAGCUUCUGAUUGGUUGUUUGUGAGUACAGUUUUGAAUUUGACCAAUGGCAAGGCUGCAUUCUUAGACUGACCAGCAAUUUCAGAUUUAUAACAUCAAAGCCAGAAUUACUAAAUUAUGCUUUCUUUAGGUAGAGAAAAAAACCUUGAUUUUAAAGACAUUGACAAGUCAAUUUAAAUCCUCUAUAGUCAUAAUACAUCAUGCAUUUGAACUGCCUAUGUAAGUGUUUUCUUUAAUGAUUUGAAAGGUGAUCCUGUGUCUGAAAUCAUUUGUCUUCCACCUCUGAUUCAUGUGGGGAAGUUGUGAACUUCUGUAGAAAAAUCUGCACUGGCACAGAAUCCAGGUGUACUUGUUGGGUUAAUUGACCACUGUUGAUUGGUUUGUAUACUGCUUUGAUUGGCUUGAAUACUGUUGAAAAAUGACAUUAAACCCAAAUCAAACGAACAAGCAUACAUAUGUUUUAGAUGUGUCAUUACUGUUUGUGUUACGGACAUCAGGAAAAUAGAAACUAUUAACAGCAAGCCAUUCAUCAUAACAGUUUUUGUCCCGGUCUCAAAAAAGAAACAAUUUUAAAUGUCAGCUUAGAAAACACCUUUAAGUUAGAGAAAACAUCUUGCAUGAUUUUUCACUGGCAGAACAGCUGCUAGAAUUAUUUAGGUGGUGCAGUGUCUUUUAAGUAACAAGAGUUGGUGUCCUAACUUUCUGAUUAUCUCAUUUCAUCUUACUUGAAGUUACCGGUACAUCAGGAAGGAAAUAUUAUUUGUCCAUCAUUGCAUUUAAGAAAUUUAUAUCAGGAGGCAUUUUGUACAACGUAAUAAAAUGUGUGCUGCUAUGUAAUAUUAUGAUAGCUGUGUCUGUGUGUGCUAGACCUUUAAAGGGUUGUGCCUCAAGAUUUAUGCCAAUUUUUUAAAAACUUGGAAGUUACUCCCGUUUGUUAAUAAUUGUAGAUAAAAUGUAAAAAUGAAGUCUCAUUGAGUUGUAGAUUUCUUGGCAUUAUUGAUUUAUAAAAAUAUUCUGAUAGUCCUUAAGUUAUAAACUGUGUUAAUAACACUACAACUUUAAUGAACAGUUUAGCUGUACUUUAUAUCAUACAUACAAAAUAUCAACUUAAACACAGUAUUGCUAAUUUAUGAUUUAGAAAUCAAUAUUUUCAUAGUGUUCUUUGCAAAUCUCAAGGCAUACCCGUUUAAGGGACUCACCUUUAGAUUGCUUCAAAGUACCAUCCUUUCAAAACAAAAACAGUAAAACUAAGAUUGAUCGACGUUACAAGGGAUUAGCAGUGUGCUUGAGAUAUUUGAUAUCUGAGCUAUCGAAACAGAGAAAAUGUAAAGGAAAUGUCUAGAAUCAGCCCAAGUGAACCUGGAGAACUGAGCAAUAGACCCUCAAGCGCGAGGCGUUUGCUGUAAAAAGUAUGCACAGUAUUAGAGUAUCAGUAUCCUAAGUCUACAAUGAGUAUGGUAUAAAUUACAGCAAAUUCUUUAUAUCAAAUCAACCUUUUUACUGUGCGAAUUAUGCUUAAGAGAUAUUUUCAACAUAUUUUAUUGAUUUUAGGCCUAAAUUCUUCAUGGAUCUCAUGGAAUCACCUUAUAUUUACUCUCUAUUUACUAUAAUGAAUAAUUGAAUGUUCUUUCAAAUUUAAAGAAAAGAAAAUGACAUAAAACUUGAGGCAUUCCCCUUAAAAGAUAUUGAAGCUUUUUCAGUUAAUAUUUAUACCUCAGUAUAAUUCAUUUAGUCAGAUUUUUUUUACAAAUUCUAUUAUUUUGUUAUUAUUAUAUAUAUUAUACAUGUCACAUAAAUAAAACAUUGAAUCAUGUAACUUCUGGGCAUAUAAUUUAAUCAUUCAGAUCCAGUUUAAACAACAUAGUAUUCAUAUAUAAUUUGAUUUCAUUGUAGUAAUUGAAACAAAACACUGUUGCUGUUUAUUCAAAUUUUCCUUAACUUUAUCAUCAUUUUUUCAUCAUCAUUGUCAUCUUCAUCAUCAUCAGCAUCAUCAUAAUUAUUAACCUUGUUAAAUGUGUUGUUAGCUUUUCUUGUGUCUUAACUUAGUGUGUUUAAAUUGUUUUAAGUGUUUUUUACCCCUACACAUAAAAUAUCAGAUCAGUUUGCAAAACAGUGUAGGAAAACAGACUGUUUUUCUGUCAGACCAGUUCCAAAGGAAAUACUCCAUUUGAACAAUAGGUCCAAAAAGCUUCAAUCAUGACAUAUAUAUUUGUGUGUGUGCUACACAUUAUUCUGUAACUUUCUGAAAGUAUUGUAGCAAAGAUUUUGAUAAGACUAUUACGUUUAGUGUUUCGUGGGCUGAGUGUAAAACUAUUGUAUCUUGUUGUUUUAACAGUUUCGCGCUCAGCCCACAGUUUAUAGUUUUGACAUUUAAAGUAACUUAAGUCAAGAAACGUAAUGUGUCUUUCCUUCAUAGUGUUUCCAUGCAGGUAUGUUAAGUGUAAGUUUUUUGCAUGGUAGGAUGUUUUAAGACAUUUGCUAAAAAUUGUGUACAUCGUUAUUUAUUUUAGAGACUCAGUUGGUUACAACGGGCUUAGAAUUAGUCAAUGACUAAUUAAGGAUUUUCAUAUUUAUCUAUAAUAUGGCCAGAUUAUGUAGCACAUUCAGGUGAAAUAGAAAGCAUGAGGAAAACAAGGAAGGUAGCCAAUCAGAUCCAUGUAUUUAUUGGUGCCCACCAAUUAGUAUCAGGAACAGAUUGGUUGUUUGCUAAUACAGUUUUGAUCGUUGUAACACUGUGGCUCCAACUAUAUUUUGAACUGUCAGUGUUCAUUGGAUUUUAGUUACCAUAGAUAAUCUUUAGUGAUAAAUGAAGUGGCCUAUUGUGUUGUUAUUAUUAGUCCUAAUUUUCUUCCUGUUGUUAAGUACUUGUCAAAUAAAGAAAAGACCCGAAUGGCUUACAUAGAUUAGAAAUUAUUUAAUUUUGGAAGAGUAAAGUAUUAUUUUAUAGGGAUACAGUAUGCACUUUGCAUGUAUAAUAUUUUAGCGUCAUGUAUUAUUACAUAUUUCUUGCAUGCCAGACAGGAUAUUUCCAUGUUUUCCCCAGUGCUGGAAUAUCUCGUCUAAUACCUCGGACUGUAAGAGGACUGGUGUACUAUGAUUUAUGACAGAAUGUGCAAAUUCAUACCCUACUGUAGUAAAAUUGUGCUUAAAACAAUUUACAGUUAUUGCCUUUUGGUGAGGUUGAUUUGUGGAUUUAUCAACCUGGUCGCGCCCUCGGUUGAUAUGGCUUUUAUCAGGUCGAUCCACAUAUUGACCGAAUGUAAAAAGCAACAAUUGUUUAUCAUUAAAUCCAGCCUACUUGUAACGGAUAAAAAUUAAAUACAAAUAUCUGCAGCCUUUGGUCAUUUUUCAUAGUAAAUUGAUCAAGACGUUACAUUGUUUUGACAUUGAUGACGUCACAGCUGCAGGUCAGUACAUGUUUUUGACUAUGCCAUUGAGUCAGUAAGACUUUUUAUCAUUGAUCUAGACCAAUGGAAAGGACUAUAAAUAUAGAUUUAAUAAUAUAAGCAUUUAAUUUCUUAUAUUUGGAGAUUUCAGUAUGCAAGAAAAAGAAUCAAACACUGGUUGUAUAUGUGGAUUGAAAUAUCCCAAUUCUUUUGCAUAAGAUUCUCCUAGUAAAGUAUACAUGUGCAGAAACAUUGCACAGGAUAAUCAGUGUAGCUUGGGUCGAGAACUUUUAAUACUCAUUUAUGUAUGAAGAAUUAGAUAUCAGAUGAGUACAGUUUCAGGACUGAAUUUAUUCAACAAUGUGAAUAAAAUUAUAUUAAGCAAGCCUGUUGCAAUUACACAAUUGUAUUCAGCUUGUUUAAUAAACUCAGUACUGAAAUUCUUUGGUGUUUUUAUAUCACAGUUAAGAAUAAUUUGGCUACCAAAUCAGAGGCUCAUAAACAUAUUUAUACGCCUGGCUGUGCAAUAUCACCAUGCAAUAUCAGUUUUAUAGAGUUGGCAAAGACACACGUGUAUGUUACAACUAAAAAUAAUUGAAAAUUAAUAUUUAUAUUGUUAAAGAUUUUUCCAUGAUGAAGAGUAGUAAUAUUGUGUAAUUAAAGAAAAUAAUUUUAGAAUUAUGUUAGAUUGUCUGACAGCUUUUUGUCAGUGAAAACCUAACCUGUCUUGGUGUAUCUGUCCCUUUAUGUAUAGAGAUUCAGGACAUAUAAACCUGACAGAAUAUCUUAAUUUGAAGUGGAAAAAAAAAAGUCUUUGUUAAGGGUUGGCCACUCAUUAUAAGUAAAAUCAUACUGUCGAAAGUUUUUUUUUAUAUAAUUCUCAUCUUUAUUGAGAAGUGGUGUUUUUAGUACAUGUUUCUCUGUAGUUUGUAUCAACAGUAUAUUUUAACUGCCAUACCACCAUGUGUUUAAUGUUUUUCUAAUAGCCUUUGUACAUGAACAAAAAAUGUCAGUUCUGUCUUCUUGCAAACCAAAAGAGAUAGACACUUUUUGCGCCAACAGCCGACGAGUCUCUUUAGCUCUAAUACAAAGUAGCAGCUAGGUAGCUUUUGCUCAUAGAGUGUAUUUCAUUGUCAUUGUAUAAAUUUAUAUAUAGUCUGUUUUAAAAAAUGACCGUUUCAACAAAGGUUAUAAUUUGUUCCUAAGACCUUUGCCGAAAGGUCAUUUUGAAUAAAAUCAUUCAGGCACUGUUCACAUUAUACGCUUGAUGUUAGUGUUCAUGGUCUAAAUGUUUGUGGUUAGCUUUUUAGGUCAUUUAAAAAAAUUAUCUCUACCAUUGUCAUAUCAUUGAAACUAUGCUAACAUACUGGUAUGAAAAACAUACUUGUAACAUCCCAAUGGCAUCAUAAUGGACUGACCAAUCUUGUCAUGUGGAAUGAUCUUUGUGAGUUUUACGGGGAUGAUAGGGUUUUCAUUUUUUUUUAAGAGAAAUGAAUAUCCAUCAGUUUUGUUUCUUUCACCAGACCUUAGUAAUUUGUUUAGGAUUUUAUUGUGUCCAUCAUUUCUUCAGUUGGAAGGUUGCUGACUAGAUUUAAAUAAAGUGUAGUGAUUAUAUUCCUAGAAAUGGUAAAUUUGUUAGGUAUCACACUUUAGUAUAUUGAAAAAAAAACUGUCAAAAUUCUAAUAAUGAACAAAUUUAAAGGUAAAAAUCAUCUACAAGUGCAGUAGAUUAAUGCAAUUGACUGCCUUGAAGAUGCACAAAAGUGAACUUUAAGUUCAUACCAAUCUUUGUGUUGUCUGUGUGUACAUGUAUCGGCAUAUGCCGAUAAUUUUUUUAUAUAACAUCUAGAAUGUACUAGAUUUUAAUUCAUUGUUAUCUUUAAAUGGUGUCUUCGGUAGUUUAACAGUUAGAGCAGUCAUGGUGACUUCACUUGUAUUUCAUAUCUCAUUUUCAUCGUUCCACUCCAGCUCACUUAAUUGUUUAGAAAAUUUAGUAAUAUUUAAGAAUACACCAAGAGGUACAAGGGAGUUAACUCACAUUUUAUAAAUAGAACUUUAUAAAUAGAUUUAACUAUAUACAUGAUAGAAUAAAAUACUGAAUUUGAAACUGUUGACAAUGGUUUCUCAUCUACUCAAAUGAAGUAAAUCUCAAUGAAACAUUGGUGUAUUAUAUUGUAAUUUGUGUAGGCAUAGGCCUAACACAUUGAAGUAUUUUUCAGUAUUGAUAGAGAAUUAUUACAAUAUGAGCCGUGCCAUGGGGAAACCAACAUAGUGGGUUUGCGACCAGCAUGGAUCCAGACCAGCCUGCGCAUCUGCGCAGUCUGGUCAGGAUCCAUGCUCUUCGCUAACGGUUUCUCUAAUUGCAGUAGGCUUUAAAAGCGAACAGCAUGGAUCCUGACCAGACUGUGCGGAUGUGCAGGCUGGUCUGGAUCCAUGCUGGUUGCAAACCCACUAUGUUGGUUUUCUCAUGGCGCGGCUCAUAUGUACUUUAGAUGUGCAAUGUACAGUAAUAGCCUGUAUAAAUUGUAGAACUACUAUUAUAUAAACACUGGUAUAUAUACAGUUACGCGGCAGAAAGAAAGGGUUGUUUCCCUUAACUAUGUACAUGCUUCCACUGUGCCAGUUAACAGAGCAAAGUAGAGAAGGAAAAAAACAUUUGAUAUAAUAAAAAGCAUUUAGAGUAAAAAUGUUAUAAAAUGCAUUUGAAAUAGAUCUGUUUGAAUUAUUUGUUAUUUAAAGAAAAAUUUUACUUGCAUUUGUUUCAAAUGGACGUGUUAUGAAAUAAUUAAAAGAUACCUUAUUUAUGAUUAAAACACAUUAUUUGACUUAAAUAUUGGAAAAAAGUGCAUUAAAUCUGUACUAUACAAACAAAUUAGAUAGGGCAUGAUAUUUUGAAGUAAAAUGUUAAUGGAAACGCUCUUUUAAUGCCAGUGCUGAAACUAUGUAAUGUAUGUUUAUAUGUUCAGAAAAUUAUAUGUAAAUGUUCGUAUCUACCUACAAACAUGCUUGUAAAGAACACUACAUAUGAGGGCAAAAUAUGUGAUACAAGACAGUUUUCCAUGGAAAUAGGUAAAAUCAGGAAAAGGUAGAUAUAUUAAAUUUAAAGAUAGUUCUAAAUUUAUCAGUACCUCACCCCAAUCAAACUUGGUAUGUGUUUCUCAUUUUUAUAGGCCUUUUCUGAAAAAAUAGGAUGUAUUAUGUAAUGGUGCAUGCGACUGUCCAUCCAUUUGUCUGUCUAUCCAUUAUAUUUCCUAUCCAAAGUGUAACUUAAAAACCAUUCAGUGUAUUGACACAGCACUUGGUAAGUAGGUAGAUGACAAUGAGACGGUAAUGUAGAGCACGAUAUUUGGGUUGUUAGGUCAAAGUUUAAGUUCACAAAUUAAAGUCAGAAGUCAGAUACGAUAUCAUAUCUCGUGUCUGGAGCAUAUCUUAAAAACCAUGAAAACUGCCCAUCCCCCAUUUGCAUGCCCCACCCCCUUCCCCUGCCACACAAAUUUCUCAUUAAAUACUUUUUCUCUAUUCUUCUAAAACCAAGGAUGUAUAUUGUGCAGCUAUGCAGAGCUGUUGUUUCUGAGUCAAAUGUAAUUUUGCUGCCAAUUCUGAAAUUACUAUUGCAGAAUGAUAUAAUAUUAAAUUGUCUUUCACAUGUUGUUUACUCUAUGUUUUAAUGGAAUGAUAGCAAAGCAAAACUACAAAAAUUUUAGCAAAUCUUGAAUACUGGCAUUUUCGAAAUCAUAAAUACAGGCAGAUGAUUAUAUAUAAAUAUAAGCCGUUGAACUUUUCAUAAUGUAUUGCCAUACAUCAUGGAAUAAUGCUAAACUAAAUAAUGUAGGAGUCUUAAGGUUUUCUUGAUAUUGCAAUCUGUUGCUAUGGAAACUGUCUUGGUGUCUCAUAUAUUUGUUUUACGACUUUUUUUAUUUAUUCUGCGCAUUCUAGAUUUAUUGUGAUACUAUGUGACAUACAGUUGUAUUUGUUAUAUUAAAAUUUAAUAGUCUGCCAUGAAAA